AUGUCUCUCAAGGCUGAACUCGAGACGUGGGCCGCGGCCCUCAAGGCGUACGACGAGGAGGAUUUCGAGAAGGCCCUCGAUCUAUUCUCGCGCAUCGCAGACUCGUCCAAGAUUCUCACAAACAUGGGUCUGAUCUACGCGACGCUGGGCGAGCACGAAGCCGCCGUCGAGCAGUUCCAAGGCGCUGUUUCGCUCGACCAGUACCUCGCCGUCGCGUACUUUCAAUGCGGCGUUUCCAACUUCCUUCUCGGCCGCUACGAGCUCGCGUUGAAGGACUUCGAUGAGGCCCUCCUCUACCUUCGCGGCAACCAGGCGAUCAACUAUGAGCAGCUCGGGCUCAAGUUCAAGCUCUUCUCGGCCGAGGUUCUCUUCAACAAAGGCCUCUCGCAGAUAUACAUGGGCCAGGUCCAGGAGGGCCUCGCGGACAUGGAAGAAGCUCGGAGGGAGAAAGCAACGGACGAGCACAAUGUGAUUGACGACGCGAUCCAGGAUCGCGGCGAGGGCUACACCGUGUUUUCCAUCCCGGUCGGUGUGCUGUACCGCCCGUCGGAGAACAAAUUGAAGAACGUCAAGACGAAGGAUUAUCUUGGCAAGGCCAAACUCGUUGCAGCAUCCGACAGCUCCGAAGCCUACACAACCUUCUCAGGAGUCACCAGGCUCAAACAAGGCGUUACCCCGACCGGUAUCUUCAUCGAGGGCGGCCCAGCCGCCGAUAGCGGCGCCUCCCUCGGCCGCUCCGCCACCGCACUCCCCAAACCAUCCGAGCCCAUGCUCGGCGGCGGCGGCGGCGCGGGCCUCGCACGCGCCAAGACGACGCUCAACGUACCCGCCAACGCGCGCGAACGCAUUCAGGGACUGUCCCCCGGCGGCCCUCCCCCGCCCGACGCGAACGGCGCGGGCAACGGACCGAGCUCACCCAAUGGCGCCGGCGUCGGCCGCGCCAACACGAUGACCAACGCGCGGCCGCCCCCAGGCGGCGGCCUCGGCGGACCCGUGCGCGGGCUCUCCGUGCGCAAACCCGGCGGGCCUCCUCCAGCCGACGACGCUCCGGCACCCGCGCCGCCCGCGAAGGCGCCGGGAAACUCGCGCCUGACCGAGUUUUACGACGACUACAUCGACUCGUACACGACGGACGACGACCCACCGCCGCUUCCCAACGGCGUGCCCGCGGCCGCGGCACCUGCUGCGGGGUCGGACCGGGUCGGCGCGUGGGCGCGCGCGAACGCGCAGCCGCAGCGGGGAAUGUCGACGCGCGCGCCGCCGAGCGCGUAUGCCCCGAGCAGCGUCGGCGGCGGGAGCAUGCGGCGUAAGCUCACGCGGAGGGGGACGCGGAGCGCGCCGAGCUCGCGUGGUAUGAGCUCAUAUGGCGGGCCAUACGGCGAGGAGGACGAGGAGCCGUUCGAGGACGAUUACGAGGACAUGCCGUUCGAGCUCGUGAAAAUCCGGGUGAAGCUCCAUUAUCAGGACGACGUCCGGGGCAUGGCGCUCACGCCGGAAACGCCCUUUGAAGAGUUCAUAGAGCGAGUGACGUCGAAGUUCGGUAAACCACUUGGCGGCCUCGCCCUCAAAUUCAAGGACGAGGACGGCGGCAAGGUCUCUCUCCGGGACGAGUCAGACUACGAACUCGCGAUUGAGACUGCGCGAGAGAGCGCCAAGGGCAAACCGGAAGGCAAGCUCGAGGUGUGGUGCAUGGAUAUAUGA